GCGGCGAGGAGUCCAUGGCGGAGGCCCCAUGUUGAUGUCCCCAGCGUCCUCCGAGAUCAGUCAUGUCAUCCUUUCAAGAAGUUCCGUCUUCAGCUAAUGCUUUGCAGACAUCCAAUUUUGCACAUGUGAUUUUUCAAAAUGUGGCAAAAAGUUAUCUUCCAAAUGCACAUCUUGAAUGUCACUAUACACUGACCCAAUAUAUCCAUCCUCAUCAGAAGGACUGGGUUGGCAUUUUCAAGGUUGGCUGGAGUACUUCAAGAGAUUAUUACACAUUCGUUUGGUCACCUAUGCCAGAAAAUUAUGUGGAAGGAUCAACUGUUAAUUGUGUGCUGAUAUUUCAAGGGUAUUAUCUGCCAAAUGACGAUGGGGAGUUCUACCAGUUCUGUUACGUGACGCACAAGGGCGAGAUCCGGGGGGCCAGCACUCCCUUCCAGUUUCGCACCUCGUCCCCCGUUGAAGAGUUGCUCACCAUGGAGGAUGAAGGAAACUCUGAUAUGCUGGUGGUGACAACGAAGGCUGGACUACUCGAGUUUAAAAUUGAAAAAAUAAUAAAAGAGAAAGAAGAGCUAUUAAAGGUAACUGGUGUUCUGGAAAAGGAAACUGCACAACUCAGAGAUCAAGUUGAAAGACUGGAAAAAGAACUUAACCAUGAAAAGCAGAGAUGUGAGCAACUGCACACGGAGCAAAAGACUAACAUUCAAACAUCAGAAACUCUUAAGACUGAAAAUGAUGAUCUGAAAAAGAAGCAUGAGGAGGCUGCUUCAAAAGUUCUCCAGCUUGAAGAAGAUAUCAUGACUGUUACACAAAAAGCCAUUGCAAAAGAAACAGAGUUAGACAGUCUGAAGGACAAAAUGAAGAAAGUAACCCUUGAGAAGGAGCAACUUGAAUGUGUGUUAAAGACUGAAAAGGAUGAAAAAGAACUUUAUAAGAUACACUUGAAGAAUACAGAAAUAGAAAACACCAAACUAGUGAAAGAGAUCCAGAUGCUUAAGAAUUCAGAUGCAAACAAAGAAAACAUGAUAACGUAUUAUAAAGAGGAGGUUGGCAAAUUACAGCUAUUUAUAGCAGAGAAAGAAAAUAUGAAGAAAGCUUUUUUGCUCUCCUCAUCCAACAAGGAGGAUGCCAGUAUUUUGAAGGAGCAGCUUCGAAAAGCUGAAGAUCAGAUCCAGGCUAGUAAACAAGAAGCUGUCCUGAUGUCGAAAGAGCUGAGUGACGCGGUCAACGUGCGAGACAAGACCAUGGCAGAUCUGCACGGUGCUCGGCUCGAAAACGAGAAGCUGAGAAAGCAGCUUGCUGAUGCUUCAGAUGAAAUCAAGAAGAUCACAGCUUUGAAAAAUGAACAAGAAACUUCCAACACAGUGGAGCAUGAGCUACGCAGAGAAGUUGAAGAUCUGAAGCUUCGCCUGCAAAUGGCUGCUGACCAUUACAAGGAAAAAUUCAAAGAGUGUCAAAAACUGCAAAAACAAGUGAACAAAUUUACAGAACAGGCAAAAAUUGCAGGAAAUCAACAGAAACUGACAGAUGUAGCCAACACUCAGACAGCUUCUGCCGUCAUUACAGACAAAAAGUUGUCUGCAUCUCCAGUUAGCCCCACUUCAUCUGAUAUAGUUUCGGAAUUCGUGGUAAAGGAGCAAGUACGUGAAAUGAAUAAAGAAAUUGCUGAGAAAACAGAGAAAUAUAAGAAAUGCAAGCAAAUGUUGGCAGAUGAGAAGAUGAAAUGCAGUGUCUAUGCUGAUGAACUAGCUAAACUGGAGCUGAAGUGGAAAGAACAGGUGAAAAUCAAUGAGGGUAUGAAAUUACAGCUAGCAGCAAUGGAGGAUCAGUAUAAAGUUCAGCUGGCAGAAAAAGAGAGACAAAUAAAGGAGCUGACUUCGCGUUUGGAACUCUUCACCAGUGAAAAGGAAGUUGGCAGGGCUCCAGGAAAUCAGAAUGGGAGGAUGAUGGAAGGACACAUUUCCCAACAGUCAUUACAUUUUCGCAACCCGUAUUCAGAGGAAAACGGAGCAAUUCCUGCCGUGCCAAGCAGAUUGCCAGUAUUGCAGUAUGGAAACCCGUAUGCCACUCAGGAAAGGAGAGAUGGAGCAGAUGGGGCUUUUAAUCCCGAUGAGAUCCAAAGACCACCUGUGAGAACCUCCUUUUGGGAGCUGGAGGAUGAGGUCGUCUGCAGUCAGCCGUCACGCAACCUUAGCCGGCCGGACGGCCUAGAGGAUCCCGAGGACAGCAAUGAUGACGACAACACGGUGCCCUCGGCGCCCGAUCCCCCCAGUCUGCUCCUGCACGAGCGAGGCUCUGGCUUUUGCUUUGACUCCAGUUUCGACGUGCACAAGAAGUGCCCUCUCUGUGACGUGAUGUUCCCGCCCAACUACGACCAGAGCAAGUUCGAGGAGCACGUGGAGAGCCACUGGAAGGUCUGCCCCAUGUGCAGCGAGCAGUUCCCGCCCGACUACGACCAGCAGGGCUUCGAGAGGCACGUGCAGACUCACUUUGAUCAGAAUGUUUUGAAUUUCGAUUAAAUACUUGGUUUUGCAGUGUAGCUUAAACAGAAGCACCUUCAAAUGCGUAGCCCACCCCUAGAACAAACCAGGGCGGCUUCCCGCAGCGGGGCCGAGUCCGGCUGCCCCCGGAGCCGCCGCGGAGCUUGGCCGCCAGCGGCGCCUGGGCCCUCUGCUCUCCUGUCUAACAUUAUGCUCGAGCCUUGGUUGUGUCUGUAUCUAUUUAUUCCCCUACUUAGUGGAAUUCGUAAGGGCGUAGGAAUUACCUUAGCCUCCAGCUGAGACCAGCUUCAUGAUGCUUUUAGCUGUAUUAAUAAAACACCAAUAAACAAAUAAAUCUCCUACGGUUUCUCUCGACUAACUGAGGCAUGAUUAAAAUCGUAACAAGCAGCUGUUUCACACAGUAAAUUUGUGUAGUUUUUCUUUGAGUAACAGGUAAAUCAAAGUUCCAUAACGCAGCCAGCGGGAGGAAAGGGCCUGGGUCACUUGUGCCCCGCGGGUGCACGUGCUGCCCCAUCGCCCGCCCCGGCAGCACCUUCAGUUCCACACGCAGGGCCUAACCUGGCGCACGUGCUGCUCUGAGGCAGUAUUUCGGAGGUGAGAGGCACUGCUCUGCUUAGACUGCCUGGAAAGUAAGUGUUUAAAAUCAUUGCCAUCGUGCUGCACUCGCCUUCAGUAGGAAACGUGGCUACGUUUUGCACAGCAGUGACUUGUGUUCCUUCCGGAUUUGGGCUUUCAAACCUGCUUUUUAACUUUGCUUAUUUCUCUCCGGUAACGUGUGUAUAUCUAAAUAUUUUAUAAUAAUAAAUGUAGUAAGUAAAUUCGCUUUCCACCUGUUGUACAAUAGUCUUGUUACAUUAAAAGCAAAAU